AUGUCGGACGUUGAGGACGAGCAUAUGGAGGGAGAGGAGCAAGACGAAAAUGACGUUCCUGAGCAGAACGAAGCCAAGGAAGAUCAGGCACUUUCUCCACGAUCCAGCGGCCCACCAGGAUCUGCACUGAAGAGUCCAACACCUGGCCGAACCGCCGGCUUCAGUGUGCCGCAGACUGUUCUUCGAAAGUCAGUGGUUAUCAACGGUUGUUUUUAG